CUUCCUGCCGCGGGGCCGUGUGGGAUGCGGGGGCGGGCACAGCUUCGCAAGGGGGCGGGUGGCUCCUCCCAUCCAGGGCCCGCCCCGCCCCGACCCCGCCUCCACCCGGACAGGCUCUUGACAGGCUUGGGGGGCGGUGCGGGGUCAGACGGUGCUCUCAAGGGGCCGAACCCAGGAUUCCCAAGGAAUCUUAGGCCUCCCUGCCCCAAGAUCACGGUGCCUCCACGUGGGUCGCGGGGCCCUCGACCACUGCUCUGCCUGCGUCACAAUGGCAUGUGACGUCGCUCCUCACCGUAUAAAAUAAUCCUUCGGGGAUCGUGGGGCGGUGGGGCCUCCAAAGGUCAGCCUAGCCCCGUUACCCCCAUAAGAUGGCCUCACCCCUUCGGGGAAAGCCCUCUCCGGCCCGGGCGGAAUCCAUCCGCUCCGAGGAGACGGCGACAGUCAGUGUGGAGACCUCGUCCCACCGCGUGGAGACAUCCUACCGUCACGUGCGGACAUCUUCCCGGGAGGUGGAGACCACCCAGCGCCGCAGCGAGGAGCCCUCCGUCUCCCCCUCUGGGAAGCGACUCCCUCGAGUCCUCGAGGUGUCCUCCCAGCACGUGGAAACCCGCUCGCAGCUCACAGAGACGGCUUCCCGCCAUGUCAGGGCCUCGUCCCUGCGGGUGGAGACGUCUGUGCACCGCGUGGAGAGCCCGCCACGGCGGGAGAAGCCGGCCGCCCGCCAGAACGUCCAAAAGGCCCGAUGAAAUGCUGCCUUCCUCGGAGCCACGAGAGGGCCAUGGCCCUUGGCCAGGGCAGAAUCGCCUCCAGUUCGCAGCCUGCCUGCUGCCAGGUGGACCGAUCAUCUUUGGUUUCCUGGAAACAGUCCACAAAUCAAUUUAAGAAAGAGCCAAGCUGCAGUUCCGGGACUUAGCCAACAUUCAUUGACCCUCCUGCACCUUGAACCAAAGGCAAGUCUUUGACCCAGUGAACUAUUUUAAUUUGAAGCCAGCACAAAAAGUUUUCAGGCUCUAGAUACUGCAUGUAUUAAGCUGAUGGAAAAGAGACUGUUUGAGCCUCCAGGGCAGACUGACCUUCCCAGUGACUGAGAAACUAGACCUCCGAUAAGUGAAUUCAUCCCUCUGGGCCUCACUGCCCCCACUGAAAAUGAGAUGUUUGGACCAAUCUUUGAAUAUGUGAUUCCCAAAGUGAGGAAUGCAGACACUGCUGAUGUGCAAGAUGAUUUUAGGAGGGUGUGACCUUGGAGUGACGCAGCGGGCCUCACCCAGGCUCCCUGGGGCCACCCAAGUGAGCUGGCCAGGUGGGAAGCCUCAGCUGAGACUGUCUCCCCACCAGUCUGAGGUCUGUGGAUCAGGCUUCAUGGUUGGAGAGCUCCAGACAAGGAGCGGCAGGGCAGGACCCUUGGGAAGACAGAAGUGUGUGAGGAGCCAAGGACCACCGUUCCCCAGCAAGGGUGGGGCCACCCAAACAUCCAGAUGGUGGAAUCAUGUAUGUAUUAUUUUUUAUGAACUGAUAGUUUUUAUUUUCUGUUUAUUUGCAUAUACCACGGUCUUCAUAUUCGCUAUUUGUGUAAAUAUUUAUAGCAGCCUUCCUAUAGCCUGUUGGACAGAAUGGAGAACACUGCACUCGUCAUCCUUUUAUGUACAGGCCUGUUAUUUUUCUGUUGAAUUAUUUCCUCGCAACCCACUCCCAGGAGUUUAAUUACCACAGGCAAGGGGAUGAACAUUUUAAUAGCUCGAGAGCCGUAUUGCCUAAUUCCUUCCCUAGAAGACUGUGCUAAUUUGCAGGGCCCCUGACAGUGUGUUUAAGCUGGCUUUACCACAGCCUCAGAGCAUGAGAUGUUAUCAUUUCCCUAAUGAGUGCUAAUUUAGUAGGUGUGGAGCAGCACAUUCAGCUACUCUAACGUGCGUUUCCCUGACUACAUCGAGGAUGAGCAUGUUGUAGGCACUGGUCCCUUCUUUUGAUGGCUUCCUGCUGCAUUGUAGGCCCCAUGUGUCUGUCUCUCUCCACCUCUCACUGACUGUGUGUUGAUCUCUCUCUUUCUAAACCUGUCUCCAUCUUUCCACCUCUGAAUCCUGUUUUUCUCUGGUUUCUAACUGGGCAGACACAUGGCUGAUUCGUGACGGUCCUGGACGAGCCCUGACAAGCUGCCAGCUGGACCCAGACACUGGGGCCUCCCCAGUGAACUCAGACGAGGUUCUUCCUUCCAGCGGGGGCUCAUCUGGGCUGACCGCCCAAGAAAUGGCUGGGAAUGACCAGGCUGGCCCUCCUCAGCGAGCCCCUCUCAUGAUGUGUGCCAGGCUCUCCAUCCUCAGGACAACGCGCCAAACAGACCUGCAUGUCCUGGCAUUUGGGAAUGUGGGGUCUGACAGAGCCAGUGAGCAGGGUCCCGGAGUCUGGUUGGGUGACGGCAGAGGGGCCCAUAGAGGCCAAUGGCUCCCGCGAGCCCUUUGCCCAAAGUGGUAGAAGGAGCUCGCUUAUCAGGCAGAAAACCCCCUUGGCCCCAUGUAGAUGGAGAGCACCCAGCACUCCAUAGUGUGGCGGGAAUGGGGGCCUGGCACACUGCUCCACUUCCAAUGGUCUCAAAGGUUCUUGGGCACUUGGGAAGAUUCCAGAAAGACUUCAGAAAAGCAGCUGACCUCGAGGGAAGCUAUGCACAUGUACCCGGUGAAGCCCCAUGCUUGGCGAGUUGCUGACUCCAGGCACCAGGCCUGCCUGCCGCCACUUGUCACUGAAGGUCGACGGGCCUUGGGGGGUCUGGGCCUCUGCAGUCACCUCUCAGACUCCGUGGAUGGUCCUAGAACAUUAGAAUCAGAGAGAUUGUUAAAAGCCAGACAGGAACUCUAACAUCAAGUGUUCUGCCCUUUCAUUUAAUGUUUUCAACAUAACUCAGCUCUUUCUAAAACUAUUAUUAUAUAACAAAUGCAUGGAAAAAAGUGAACGUGUUAGUUGCUCACUUGCGUCUGACUCUUUGUGACCCCAUGGACUGUAACCCUCCAGGAUUCUCUGUCCAUGGAAUUCUCCAGGCAAGAAUACUGGAGUAGAUAGCCAUUCCCUUCUCCAGGGAAUUGUCCUAACCCGGGGAUCAAACCCAUGUCUCCAUAAUUCCAGGCAGAUUCUUUACUGACUGAGCCACCAAGGAAGCCCGUAAAACUGCAUGCCCAUUCCUAAAUAUUUGGAAAAUACAGAAAACAACAAAGAAGGGAAUGCAAUACCAUAGAUUCACCAAAGAUAAUGUUAAUUAUAAAUAGAAAUAAUAUAUUUAUUAUCACUAAGAUCAUACAG